AUGGCGGUUAAUGUCAGCGAAGAAAACAUCCAGGAGCUGCGUCAUCGGCUCGAGGAUGCGGCGAUCAAAUGCUCUGAGCGAUGUUUAUACCAGUCUGCAAAGUGGGCAGCAGAGAUGCUCGAUUCUGUAAUACCAAUCGAGCAACUGGGGGAUGACGAUACAGAACCAGAAUCCUCAAUGGACUUUUCAACUACCGCCGAAAACCCAUUUCUUGGGAAUCCCGACCCCGAAGAAGGAGCAUUAGAAGCUAAGGAGGCUCAUAAAUAUAUGCUUGCUAAAUCCUACUUUGAUACCCGCGAAUAUGACCGCUGCGCCGCCGUUUUCCUUCCUCCAUCAAUGUCCGCAAUUCCUCUUGCCAUGCCGGCCUCUACGCCGAAGACAAAAGCACACUUGAUGCCGCACAAGGGAAAAGAGAAGUCAGUAUCGUUUGGUAUUCCUUCUGGAGACUCUACAUCUCGCAACCCCUUUCCGCAGAUAAGUCAGAAAUCUCUGUUUUUGACUUUAUACGCCAAGUACCUAGCAGGUGAGAAACGCAAAGAUGAGGAGACAGAGAUGGUACUUGGCCCGGCGGACGGAGGAAUGACGGUAAACCACGAACUGCACGCUCUUGCUUCGGGAUUAGAAAGCUGGUUUUCCAACCGCCAAGAACAAGGCAUGGAUUCUAGCGGCCAAGGGUGGCUAGAAUAUUUGUAUGGGGUUGUUCUUUUAAAGUCCAAAAAUGAAGUGGAAGCAAAGAAAUGGCUUGUAAAGAGUGUACAUCUAUACCCGUUUCAUUGGGGUGCUUGGCAGGAAUUAAACGAUCUCCUAACCAGUACUGAUGAUUUGAAACGAAUAGUCGAGGACCUGCCCCAGAAUAUAAUGACGUUGAUGUUUCAUCUCUAUUGUAGCCAGGAGCUUUAUCAAGCCACAGAUGCAACUUACCAGACCCUUGUUGAGCUUGAAAACAUAUUUCCUUUCAGCGCAUUUCUCAAAACCCAGCGAGCCCUGCUCUACUACCAUUCAAAAGAUUUCGAACAAGCAUCGUAUCUUUUUUCGGAACUUCUUAUCAACCAUCCUCAUCGUUUAGACGGCCUAGAUCAUUAUUCUAAUAUUCUGUACGUCAUGGGUGCUAGGCCGCAACUCGCAUUUGUAGCUCAGCUGGCCACUGCUACUGAUAAAUUUCGUCCUGAAACAUGUUGUGUCGUCGGAAAUUAUUACUCACUGAAAUCAGAGCAUGAGAAGGCGGUAAUGUACUUCCGACGUGCUCUUAACCUGGACCGAAAUUUCCUUUCCGCAUGGACAUUGAUGGGACACGAGUACAUUGAGAUGAAGAAUACACACGCCGCCAUAGAAUCUUAUAGGCGCGCCGUGGAUGUGAAUCGAAAGGAUUACCGAGCAUGGUAUGGCCUGGGCCAGGCUUACGAAGUUCUCGAUAUGGCUUUUUAUGCUUUGUUUUAUUACCAACGCGCUGCUGCCCUGCGUCCAUAUGACCCUAAAAUGUGGCAAGCGGUGGGGUCUUGCUACGCAAAAAUGGGACGGCCUGGCCAGAGCAUUCGUGCUCUUAAGCGUGCGCUGGUUGCAGGAUCAUAUUAUGAUACCAGUGGUUCUGCAAUGAAUUCGUUUGCUAGCGGGGCCGCUGCUGGCAGUAAGUUUCCACCCGGGGGGCCAGAAAGUGCUCAGCUUGGGCGACGCAUCCUCGAUCCGGAGACGCUACAUCAAAUCGCCACUUUAUAUGAACGCCUAGGCGACGAAGAGGAGGCCGCCGCGUAUAUGGAGCUUACUCUGCAGCAGGAGACAGGACAGACAAGCUCAAAUGAUUAUGCUGAUGGUGGUGAUACCGACGCAGAAGACGAUGGAAUACCUGCUUCACGGCGGACAUCAGCAUUUACUCAUCAAAAUGACGAGUUGAAUGAUGAGCCAACGGGCACGGGUGUGACUGCAACUACCAGUAAGGCCCGGUUAUGGCUUGCCAGAUGGGCUCUACGACAUAGUGAUCUGGAUCGCGCCGAUCAGCUGGCUGGUGAAUUAUGUCAGGACGGAGUAGAAGUUGAGGAGGCAAAGGCGUUGAUGAGAGAUGUAAGGGCGAGAAGGGAGGGCAGCGAAUAA